CGGUACCAAAGAUUCUUUAAAGGAAAUAGUUCUCGUAGCCUUGCAGUGAGGCUGACCUCGACACUUUCCAAGCUUAUAUAAUCACUUUUGAUGGCCAUCAAUGGAUUCUCAAUCACAAGCAUACAGUAGUGUCUCAAGCCAUUUCCUAUACCAAAUCAUCUGCAAAAAUGGCGCCUGUCAAUAAUGCGGAUCACAAUGUCGUUGCAAGUAGGUUCCUAUAAUCCAUCUUCUCUACAUUUAUUAUACUAACACUCACAGCCCAAAUCAAAAAUGUCAUUCAAGACCUGUACGAAAUAAUGGUACAAACGCACAACUAUGACAACGCCGGCCGACCCUCUCGCGAAACGCUUGAAAAAUCGCUCCUGCAACUCUCAAAUUCCCUGCAAACAGUUUCUCGCACCACUAUUCCCGCCGGUCCCCCAACUGGAAAUCCCCAAAUCGAUAGGGUAGCGGGAAAAGGCACAAACCUCGCAUGGAUUCCAGGAGAUGUAAUCCAUUAUGUAGAUAAUGGGAGGAAUCCGGAUAUUUAUACGAGGGAGUUUAUUGAGUUGGCGAGGAAAAAUAAUCAAUUGAUGAGGGGGAAGAUGCAGGCUUUUGGGGAUUUUAGGGAUGUGCUUGCUGGGGAGAUGGAGAAGGUGUUUCCGGAGUUGGGGGAGGAUAUUAAGAUGGUUGUGGAAGCUACUACUGCUGAUAGUGAGGGGAAGUGAUUGUAAGGUCAGUGAGUUGGUGGGUGGGAUUGCGAGGCCAGGUCAGGAGGAUCCGGCGAGAGCGGAAAGGCAGGGCUUAGAUUUGAGCUACAGGGUUGAGAAAUGGAGGGGAAGGAGUAGAUUGGAGAAGAGCUUCAGGUGCGGUUUCCCCCUGGAAUCAAGAUGUUAGGGUUAUGGGUCAUUCAAGGACUGGAUACGCAUGGAGUUCCGGAAAAUACACAUGUGGGACAUGGGCGUCAUGGACAAUCGGACGAAUGGGAAAGUAUUCCAAUCUCACGGCACUUAGGGCAAAAGGAGUUUCGAUACCACUACCGAUCGGCAUUCAGGGAAGUCGGACAAGGUAUACUACACGGGAUAAUCAUGGUGCAGAUAACAUCUGCAAGGUACUGCAUCUCACUCAUUUCAGACAUCACAAUUUGUUGUGAGACGAGAACAAAGAAAAUGUACACAAAUCAUAAGAAUAAUCAUUU